AAACAAGCGCAUCUUUUGAGUCUCAGCGCGUGGUUGGCCAAUGCUGAAAUUCGGCAUCGCUAAUUCUACUGAUGACUUUGAAAUAGUAACAAAAGUCCCAAAGCUUUCGCGCAAAAGACCUAAAACUGUGAUUAAAAGUGCAAAGACCGGGAAGAAAAAAUGCACAAAAAAGGCUAAGGAAGAAGAUCAAGUUUUGAAACCUGCGUGGACGGAUGACGAUGAUAUUACUCCACAAAUAUCAAUUCGGCCUCCACGAGCCUUAGACGUGUUUGCAAAAAUAGAUCAGCUUAAAAACGUGAAAUCAGUUGGCUCAGAUGAUGAAGAGAAUUGCAUUUACUCUCGGAAAUCUGCUGCAUGUGAUGAGAAAAGCUCUAAAAUACUCUCUUACGGAAAAGAAAUAGGCGUUAAGAGACUUAGUGAUGUCAAUCGUGAGAGAAGGUCAAUGGCUUCAAUCGUAUCAACUGAGUUCAAUACACACCACCGUAUGCUUUUAACUGCAAGCGUAGAUAGUACUAUGGCUUUUUUCAAGGUUGACGGCUCGGAAAAUGCACUACUGCGUGAUCGUGUGUAUGAAAACUUUUCUCUUUCCUCAGCUAAGUUUACAGCUUACGGUGAUAAAGUUAUUUUUACCGGGAAUGUUGGCUCGUUUCGUAUUUAUAAUUUAGAAACUGGAAAUGAAAGUCGUGCAAGACGAUUUAUUGGUUCAUCAACAGACGAAACAAUCACUAAAUGUUUUAUUUCAUCAGUUCAUCCAAAUUUGGUAGCCCUGGGAACCAAUGGAAGUGCUGUGUAUCUGGCCGAUUUACGAAGUUUAGAAAAAAUUUCAGUUAUGAGAGCAAGUGGUAUAACCAAUUCAAUUUGUUUCACUCAAGAUGGAACAUUUUUGAAUACUUAUGGGGCUGAAGGUUCUAUCUAUGUAUUUGAUCUACGAGUUAAUAAAGCUAGAAUUAUUCAUCGUUGGUUUGAUCAAGCCAGUACAAAUGGUUUAUCUAUCUCUUCUUCACCUAAUUCACAAUGGAUUGCUUGUGGAUCAAGAAUUCUGGUCAAUUAGAUUAAAUCUUUACGAUUUAUUAAAGAGAUUAUCGGAAAUGUCUUUAUUUGAUAGACUAUCGAUGUAAGUUUGUGAUUUCGAAAGGACCAUUUGUCUUGAUUAGUUUUACAGUUUAAUGUCUGAAAUGGUCGAUUUUUAGUCAUAUUUUACGUCCGGUUUGUUUAGGCAGUAUUUCUAUCUAUACUGACCAUGUAAACAGGAGAAAUCUGCAGUAAUUUACAUGUAACAGUUUGUUACAAACUGUUGAUUUGCGAUUUUGCUAGCUAACUAUUAUAACAUUUACUCAUGCACGACUUGUAUGAAUCAACUUACUACUUAAAUCUGCAAGCUCAUGCUUACUAAAUGUAAUAUUGUAGGAGCUGAACUUGUCGUCUUGAUUCAGAUUUACUGUCAUUUUUUCGGGAUAGACAAUAUUUCAAACCGCUUGAUUGUGAAAAGCCAUUGAUCAGGUUGAUUGAUGUGAACUAAUUACUUGAUUUGACGUAUAGUGUGGUUAAAGUAAAAUAAAGCUCGAAGGUAGAUAAGGGUUAAAUCGUGAGAUGACACUAGUUCAUGACGAUAUUAACUAUUCGUCUGUGUACUGUAGGAAGGCUUAUACUGUGAAUAGGGUUAUUAGUAUGACAGAAAUCAAUAGUCAGGAAAGCCUUCCGUAGCAUUGAUCAGGUUUGACCAAAGUAGCGAAGUACCCAAAUCUUGUUGGUUCAAAUUCUGGAUACCCUAUCACUUUCCAUAUGAUUCCCUAUCCUACCUCAUAUCCUUGUUUAUUUUAGUCUCUAUUCUUUUUUAUUGAUUUCCCUAAGUGUGCACUGUAGGAAGUUAUGAUCUUUUCAACCAGUGUACUUUUCUACGACAAUCUAUUUGUCACUGAUAUGAUAAAUACAACAUUUUGUUUACGAUGAGCUUUUUAAACAUUUGACAUAAAAUGCUACAUACUACGCUUUUUUUCAGUCAGCAUCAAAUUGAAUAAUUACACAUUUUAAGAUGAACUGAAAUUAAUCAUUCUAAUUUGUCUCAAGUAAUUUUUAUCAUAUUGCAUUCAAAUAUUCUUUAAAUUUCUGUCUUGUUUUACACAACUUUCAAUGUCAAAGUAGAUUUUAUUCUUUAUCAUUCACAAUAGAUUAUAAACUGCACGUAUUAUGCAUUCUAAUUAUUUUCUUCGAUUAAAUGGAUGUUAUACAAUUGUAAUCGAGAGGUAAAUCUCUUGGAUUACCCGUUCAACUGACGAACUUAUCUUUAUCCCUUCUGGUAAGAUGAUUAGAACUAGUAAUGAUUCAUGAGCAAUUUUAUCACAUGAAGAGUCAUUUCAAUUGCUUGUGUUUUCAACUUAUCUUUAGUUACAUCAAUUAGGUAAGGAAUCUUGGCAUUGUUCAGAAAGACAAUGAAAGUUUCACAGUAAUACCUUCUUCACUGAGUGCGACAUCAAAAUAUUCGUUUUGAACUACAAAUUUUGUCCAUCAGUACAGAAUUUAUUGGUCAGAAUGUUCUUUUCUUGUUAUUGAUAGCAUAACCAUUAUUGUAAGUUUGAUUAUCUGAUUAUGAAUUUAUCAGAAAGCUGUUUGCUUCGUUAACUAGUUCCAAUACAAUCAUAAUUUAUUUAUACACACGGAAUUUCUGUUUUAUUUUUUUAUUAUAAUUUAUCAUACUUUCUAUGUGCUUUUACUCAACAGGGCAGAUAGCGGUUAUGUAAAUGUUUACAAAUGGUCAUCUACGAUGAAUACAGAGAAUCCACUACCUGAUAAAGCUAUUGGUAAUUUAGUUACCGGUGUUAAUUCGCUUUGCUUUCAUCCCUCUAAUGAAAUUCUUUGUCUGGCUUCUUCACAACGUCCGGAUGCUGUUCGACUUUAUGAUGUAAACGAAAGUAUAAUCUUUGAAAACUUUCCCGCUCGUGUUGGUACUUUAAACAAACCCACAUCAAUUGGAUUUAGUCCUGGUGGGCGAUUUCUUUGUGUUGGACAAUGUAAUGGUCGCGCUGCUCUUUACGCUUUGAGUCAUUACAACGACUAUUGAUCUAAAUCAGUCACCAUUGUACAUAGGUACUUUCUAUUUGAUUUUGUUCUCAAGAUUUGUGUACACAUUAAAUUGUUUAAAAUAAAAUUAAGUUCGAUG